CGUUGACGUCCGGCAAUCCUCCAGACCGACGGGCGCCGGGCACCCAACCGUGGCUGCAGCGUGCCGGUUGACAGACACACAAUAUGCGCGCCGCAUGGCUGACGCUGGCCUUUUACGCUACGGCAGCAGGCUCGCUCUCCAUAUCUCGCGAAGAACUCUUCCGCGAGAUUUUCAGACAGCUGUCGCCCAAGCAUCAUAAGAACGCAAUUGGCCACGGCCCUGUCCUGUACGACUACGAGGAUUAUUUCGACGCGCCCGACUUCGAAGAGCCGCUAUGCGUGGCUGAGUUGGUGUUGGCCGAGGACCGACGAGCGACGUGCCGGCCGCGCAACCAGCUGGUGCCGUUGCCCCCGGGGCCACCCGAACUGCUGCGCUUCCCACGGCUGGUGGAGCUGAAGCGCUGCGAAGGAGCUUGCGACCACGCGGGACGCCAGUGCUGGCCCACGGUCAAAAACAGCGUCAACAUUAAGGUGGUGAGAGUGAAUGUGACUGGGGGCAAGACACAGGUUCAGUGUGCUGAGGAAAUCAUGGAGGAGCAUGCCAAGUGCAGCUGCAAAUGCCCUGUCAAAAAACUACCACUGCAGCCCAAACCAGGUGUACAAGGCAUUGGAAUGCGCAUGCCUCUGUCCAGACCUACAAAAGCAGCACCAGUGCGAAGCAAUGGAUCGAACUUGGGACCCAGAACAGUGCACGUGUGCUUGCCAGGGAGGCGGGCAGGACUGCUCCACGGGCUACCGCUUCAGCAAACAAGAGUGCAGAUGCAUUCCUGUUGAAGAGCACAAUUUUUAGUUCAAGAUUUCUUCCCCAGAUAAUUCCGUACUGAUGCUUCUAGUACUGCUGCUCAAAGAAACACACAGUGCUUUACAAUAAAAGCUGUGACAGUG